AUGAGCUACUACCAGCGCGGCCACUCGAAGCAGGACUCGUUUGCGGGAGGAGGAGGCGUGGUUCCGCCGCUGUCGGCGACCAACACGCUCGUCCUGCAGGCUGGGUUCGCGAUACAGGGCAUGGGAGACGCGAUGAAGCUGCAGGUGGCUGGCGAGAAGCUCACGGGCGACCGGAUCGUUCAGGCCAACGUACUCAAGUCCAGCGUCAUCCAGGGCAUCGUCCUGUUCUCUGCGCUCGUCAUCAAGCCCAUCCUUCGGCGCGCAGUGGGGCUGCGAGCGGGCGAGGGAAUCACCAGCAGUGUCAUCCUCUUCGGCUUCCACCUCUUCUGGCUCUACCCUCUCGCCGCCGCCGCAACUUACUACUCUGGCCUGUUGCGUCCAACGCAAGAGACGGACAAGCGGAGCGUACGUGGGGGAGGAGGGAUGGACAACAAGGGUAUGGCGGUCAGGAUCGUCUCCGAGAGCUACCGCACGCUCGUCACCCUGAAUUACUUCCUCUUCUUCUACGCCCUCCGCAUGAUCCCCUUGCUCGGCGCACCGCUCUCGUUCGCCUACGCCUCAACUGUCGACGCCUACUACUGCUUCGAAGGACAUUGGGUCAAGCAAGGCUGGUCUUUCGGCGACCGCGUCCGGCAGGUUGAACAGCGCUGGGCGUACGCAGUCGGCUUUGGAUUCCCCAUCACGAUUCUCUCAUGGUGGUCCUCCGACCCGAUUGUCAACCUCGCCGUCUUUGCCCUUCUCUACCCCCUCUUCUCCCUUACUUCGACCGUCGCCAUCCCGCAGCCGCUCGACCCAUCCUUCCCCGGUUCAGCGUCUUCCAAAGCUCCCUCUUUCCUUCACUCCGCCUCAGGCCUCGGCUACGGCUCGAUCUCGAUUGCUGCGGCUGAAGGAGGUGAAGAGUCACGCGGCAGGAAGGGCAGCGCUUACGUCCCUGUCAGGAUCAGGGUACUCCUCGUGGCGGAGAUGGUGUACGGCGCGCUGACGGCGGCUUUCGGCGCGGGAGGUGGAGCGGGAGGCGGGCGGAAGAAGGACGCAGGCAUGGGACAUGGCAUGGGAAGGGGAACGCCGAGUCGAGGAGGAGCCAGCGCGUACGGCGCAGCGGCAUCGAGCUUCGACUCGUCAGCAUACGGCGGAAACGCGUCAUCCUCACACGACACCUUCGCCUCCAACAACCCCUACGCCGCCACGACUCCCUCGCGGUACAGCGCCGAGUCGAACCCGUACGGCCCGCCCGCCGGGUCCGCAUCCGCCUCGACUUACGCUCCGUCCCCCGCAUCCGCCUACGGUACCCCCGGCGUGUCAGCAACUCCUCCUCGCCGAGGCUACGCCGCGGUCGACCCGAACUCGAAUGUCGCUGAGCUGAGUCCCGGUGGCUCGAUGUACCAGCAGCAGAUGAGCCCCACACGUGGCGGUCAGGCUGGAAUGGGAGGGUAUGGCGGAGACAGGGCGCUCGACUCGUAUAUCCGGCAGGCUGGCUUGCGCGGCAAGAACAAGGGCGACUAG